AUGGCUACCUCGCAUGACGAUGCGCCGCUGGGCCUGCGAGCCUCCUCGCCGGGCCCGGACGUCGUGCCUACCCCCGCCAUCGGUGCAUCUGGGGACAUGGCGCGCUGCCUGUCCACCGCCUCCUCCAUGUCCCACGGCUCCGCCACCACAGACGCCUCCCACGCCCGGGAAUCCCUCGGCAGCGACAGCUCCGGCUUCAGCCGCCACUCCUCUGCCAGCUUCGCCGCCGCCGGUUCCUCAGCUACCUCCCGUCGCGACCCGAGCCACCGGCUGUCCGCCAUGAGCACCAUGAGCACCAUGAGCGUCGACCGCCCCGUCAAGAGGAGGGGAUACAUGCGGCCGCAGCCCACCGACUUCGCCGCCAGCGCCCGCUCCCGCGAGAGCGUCCUCAGCCUCGGCAGCAUCGCCCACCUGCAGUACUACUUUGCGCGGACGGGCCUGCUCGACGGCAAGGGCGGCCAGCUCGCCCGCAAGAGGCAGCAAAAGGCGCAGACCCUGGACCUGUCGCAGCUCGACACGUCCAGCUUCCUCGGCGCCAAGAGCAUGGGCUCCGACGUCGACUCGUCGUACGCCUCCAUGGGCAGCAGCCCGGACCUCGUGGCGCACGGAUUCGGGGGCAGCAACGGGCUGGUCGAGUCUCCGAUCCAGGAGGAGCAGCCGGACGACGAGUGGUACGUGGACGACUUUGAGGAGCCAGACCCCAACAUGCUGCCGCCCACGGCGAGCACGUACAAUUACCGGGAGAAGCCGCUCCCCAAGCCCCCGUCAAUAGAAGAGCUCAAGGCGGACCUCCGGAGCGCGCUCGACGCAGCGAGCAAGGCAGUCGAGAGCACCAAACACGCCGCGACGCCCCCAGACAGCCCGGUCACGCCGGCGAUCCAGACCACAGACGGCCAGAAUAACAAGCCGCUGGGCACCACCUGGUACGAGGUGCAGGGGAUGCACAUCCUCGACGUCAUGACGCUCGCCAUCCGCGCCGCCAAGAUGUACUACACCUCGCACGAGCACCCGGACCGCCUCGACGCCAUCAAGCCGGAGAAGGAGGUCCGCGCCGAGCUCCUCUCCGUCAUGGACGUGCUCAAGCGCAUGGCCACCCGCCUCUUCGGCGGCGGCAUGCGGCCCGACGAGGUGCGCACCAUGGAGUCCUGGAUCGCGGGGCUGUACGACAUGCUGCGGCGGGAGGAGGAGCUCGAGGCGGCCGAGAAGGCCGAGCGCGCCUCGUGGACGUGGCUGCACGACGACCAGUGGCCCGCCGGCACGGGCCGCGACCACGAGCGCGAGUACGCCUUCAUCCUCUCCAUGUUCGCCGAGGAGGGCCCGGCUCCCGCCCCCUCGACGACCACCUCUACUACUUCUACAGGUGGUGCCACCACCACCGCCGCCGCCGCCUCCGCCGCCGCGACCCCGGCCGCCGACGAGCUGCCGCCGCCCUGGACCCCGCUCGACCGGGACCGGUACGCCGGGCCGACGCCCUUCCUGCGCUACAUGCAGAGCGGCGUGCGCCUCGUGCAGCUGCACAACGCCGCCGUGCGCAAGUCGCGCCGGCGCUUCGGCGCCAUCCCGAGCUACCACACCGACACGCAGAAGCCGUACCGCUGCGCCGAGAACCUGCGCUACUGGGUCAAGGCCGCCGAGCUGCGCUGGGAGGUGCUGCUGCGCGUCGACGCCCUCGGCGUCGGCACCCUGGCCGCCGCCGCCGAGGAGGGGAGGCGCGCCUCGUCCAGGUCGUCUCCGGCCCCGGCGGCGGGUGGCUCCCAUGACGAUAAUGACCCGGCUACCGCUGCCGCCGCUGCCGCCACCGCCCACGCGGCGCUGUACGCCGAGUUCGAGGACGCGAUCCUCAAGUGGUGCCGGCGCGUGCGGGAGGAAAUCGCCGGCGACGUGCGGGACUAG